AUGUCAUUGCUCCCUGAUCGAACAGAUCGAACAGAUCGAACAAGAAAAAAACCAAAGGUUAAAAUACCUGUCCCUGUAUUCACCUCAGAAUUAAUUAAAGAUCCUAGUCCGACUUGUUCAUUGUUAAAUAAUUUGCAGAGAGAAGAACAAGUCCUAAUUCAGAAAUUGUAUAUCGUCCGGCAGUUAGCAGACGUAGUGAAAACAGAAAUUUCUGCUUCUUCCUUGAUGCAAGACGCAACAGGCACUUUUAAUAAUCCCAUUAUUUAUAUUAAUUAUAAAGAACAACAAAAUCCUCUAGAAUAUGGAAAUUCCCAUUAUACAUUAUUACCGGAUAAUUCUCAAACAAAUAUUUAUCCCAGUUCUUCCCAAACAAAUUUACCUGAUUCCUCAACAGAUGCUUCUUCUACAUUAUUACAAGAAACUAGUAUUACAGACUGUAAUAUUUCUAAUCCAGAUUUAUUCAAUUCCGCAACAAAUCUUUAUCCUUCUGCAUUGCAAGAAACUAGCGUUAUAAACUGUUCUGAUUCCUCUGCAAAUACAUAUCCUUAUACAUUUUUUCAAGAAACCAAUAUUAUAAACUGUAAUACUUCUCAACCAAAUUCUUCAACAAACACUUAUUCUUCCACAUUAUCGCAAGAAAUUAGUAGUAUAGACCAUAAUACUUCUCAACCAAAAUCAUCUAAUUCCUCGGCAAAUACUUGUGUUUCUGGCAAUUUGUUUAAAAUUGAAACGCCUAAGACUUUUCGGGCGAAACUUAAACGUAAGUCAAAAAGAAGAUAUCAAAAUUUGGUGAUCGACUUGGAGAAGAGAUCUGAACUCCUUGAAAAUGAAUUGAUCGAAAGAUAUCGAAAUUUAAUGCUUGACUUGGAGAAGAAUC